UGUUUAUUGAUUCCCGAGCUAUGUGCUCAAAAUUGGGACAGGCGGUUAUCAUUGAAAGAGUCAAGUAUUAAACUUUGAUGUUUCCUGACUAUUUAUUUCACGUUUUUGAACACAAGACUGAGGAGAGAGAAGGUCAUCUUACAAAUGUUUUUGACAGUUUUUCCUGCGUUGCUCGUGGCAUGCAUGUCAGCGUCGGUGCGGGGGUUUGUUGUGCCAGGUGGCCUGGUGACAGGCUCCGGUAGUGCCGUGGUUUUCCACGCCCACGGACCCUCAAACACCAGUCCGGCCUCUGGUAAGAUCAUAGAGUACACGGUCGUGGAGGUUAACGAAGGUCAAGGAUACAACGCGAGCAAUGGCGUCUUCAUGGCACCAGCUGGCGGAAUGUACAUGUUCAGCACACAAACUUGUAUCUGGUCGAACACGUUCGUCCUGAUCGCCAUCAUAAAAGAGGGCGUGGUGGUGCAGCCUAGCGCCCUCUACGACACCUCCCCUGGCUACGCGCCCUGCUCCAGCUCACAGGCGUUCGUCCGUCUGUCCGCGGGGCAGCGUGUGUGGGUUGAGAGCAGGCGGACGAACAACGGAAACAUGCUAUUCGAGGACGAGGAACGCUGGACGAGUUUUUCCGGAGUUCUGCUUUAGGCGUUGUGUUACGUCGUCUGCUUCACAAUAAUAAAAGCGCGUUACUUUACAUAUAUUUUAAUCAUUAAAAAACCCUAGCAAAAAGUAAA